GCCAUCAUCAAACAUGGCUGACGAAGAAAACACAAACAUGGAAAAGAAUAAACCUUUUGCAAACUCUGUAAAGCCACUGGUUGACGGGGUUACGCAAAGAAUAGGCCACCAGAACAAUGUCGAAGGCAAAAAAGACGCCGGUGAGAGCCGCUCCACUACGGAAUACUGCGAGAAGCUGCAGGGGUGGAUGUGGCAGUACUACACUGGAUAUGUCAACUGGCAAAGCUGGAUGGCGGCGUCAGCCAUGUCCUACCCGUAUUAUUUACAGUCAGACAGUGGGACGACAACGCUUGACAUUCACUCCCAGAACUGGUAUAACGGCCCCUUUGGGCUUCCGUUGUCGCCUUAUCAAGCUGCGGUCACCUCCCGGUCGGGUGAAGCCGCAGGCGGGGCUGCAGUGGUCGCUCAGCAGCCGCAGGAGAAUGGAAAUGCACAGAGACCAGGCCGAGAGUAUAGCAUUCCUUCCCCUCUCCAAAGACUCCUGGCUGAGAUGGUGGAUUUCUUCAUACUGUUUUUCAUCAAAGCAACCAUAAUCAUCAGUAUUAUGCAUCUGAGUGGAAUCAAGGAUGUUUCCAAGUUCGCCAUGCAUUUCAUAGUGGAAGAAAUAGAUGAGGACACGUCAAUGGAGGAGCUACAGAAAAUGAUGCUUGUUGCACUUGUGUACCGGGUAUUGGUGUGUAUUUAUGAGAUUGUGUGCAUUUGGGGAGCAGGAGGAGCCACUCCAGGGAAGUUUCUCGUUGGACUCAGAGUCGUUACGUGUGACUCAUCGGUUCUGGUUCAACCUAACAGGGUGCUUGUUGUGCCAGCAACUAACGUCUCUCUGUCUGCAUCAACUGUCCGGGCCUUGAACAAGAACUUUUCAAUCGCCUUCUUUUUCCCGGCCUUCAUCACCCUUCUGUUCUUCCAGCACAACAGGACUGUGUAUGAUAUGGUAGCUGGUACAAUUGUUGUCAAGCGCUCCAGGAUCAGAUGACGCAGAAGAACCCAGAUGAGAGUACUACUACAACAAUACUAAGGAAGCACUGUGUGUGUCCGUGUGUGUUUUUUCUUUUCUUUUUUAAAUGCCUGCAGAACUCAGACGUCAGCCUUUCGAGGUAUCGUCCGAACACGGAGGAGCGUCGAGACGGUUGCAGACAGUUUGAUACACAUCAGUAUGAACAAUUUCAGUUCCCUACAACCUGGGUUGGGUUUGUUUCUGACACAUACUGUAUUUCUGCAUGUAUUCCUACAUGCUACUUUCACAAACUGUUUCUGUGCCAAACUCAUGCCUCCUUUGAAGACAGGAAUGACGAUGGUGUACGCCACCAUUUCAUUAACACAACAUUUGCCUCUUUUUAAACACUAAACUUCCAGAUUAAGGAUAAAGUCCCGUAUCACUCCGUAUUGAAGUUGCUGAUCAUGUAUUUAUAAGAGUAUACCUUCAGUAUCUCUUUGUAUUAAAAUAUUGUCUUAAGAAUUGUACACUCAGACUUUUUUAAAAUUUUGAGUUGUUGACCGUCAUCACUGCAGGAGUGAUGCCUCGUGAACAGCUGUUUCAGAUGCUGGAAUGCAAAUGUAUCAAAAGGAAAUGUUAACCCGAUCGCACCUGAUCUUCCUUUUACUCGGACAGCAUGUGUGUGACUUAAAAGUUAAUAUAUGACACAUUUUAUGUGAUUAACUUUUUUUUUUUUGCAUUUAAGAAGAUUAAAUGAAACCACCACUAUUGCGCUGCAUGUUUGAGGUGUCCGUCUUUUAGCGGUUUGUCUGCUAUUUGAUAAUUCUUCCAAUGUUUUUGAUACGAAUUAAGUGGCUUCAUGUUUAACUUUGGCUCCAUUGACUCAUGUGAUUGGUGCAAAUAUCAGUUUAUGUUAGGACUGCGGUUUUACUUUGUAUGUCAGCACUUUAUUAGGAAAAAAAAUUCUUAUGCCAUAAAAAGUGUGCUAGUCAGAGAGACACAGAUGGGUGGAUAAAUGAAGACACUUGAUAUGUGCAGAAUCUUCCAUACGGGGUGUGAAGGGUCGCUGAAUAGUUCGAUGAAUCUCACUAAAUCUCAAUCAUAAACCUUUGGGAGAUUUUGGACUGACUUUUUGAGAACAAUGCUGAAAACACCAAAGAAGCAAAUACAUUUUUUGAAAGGUCUCCACCAGAGUUAUUGUAUAAUUCAUUUAAAGGUGCAUUGAAGCUGCUCUGGAAGCGUGUGGCGCCAACCGCUUAAGAGACUAUAUGAUGGAUCUUCAUUUACUUUACCACCCGUUAUGUUUUCCACAGUAAGUUUGUCCAAAACUCUACUUCCUCAGUAAAAUCUUGUGAAUAUA